UAGAACGUCACGCAGACUGUAAAACCGGUGUGACCAUCUCCAAAUCGUUGUAGAUAUGUUAAAAGUUUGAGUAGAUCAUAUUACAUAAUAAUUGUAAAAAAAAACUCGUUUUUGUUUGUAGAUAUGUUGAGUGCAUUCAGGGAUGAGAAUGGUGAUUUCAAAGCUGCAAACCCCAAGGACAUUGAUGCUUUUGUUGCACUCCACGAAGCUUCCUACCUGGCCUUCCCAGGAGAGCCCAUGCUGGACGAAGCAAGAUCAUUCGCCGUCAAGAAACUCGAAGAACUGAUGCCGUCCAUGUCGAUCUCCAUGGGGCCUGCUAGCCAAACGGAAAGACAAGGAGACCUCCCGUUGCACUGGAAAGUUCCCCGGCUGCAGGCGACAUGGUCGCUGAAACAACACCGCUACAACGACGAGCGCUCGAUCGAUCAUUCCAUCCUGCAGCUCGCUGCGGUCGACUUCAACCUCGUGCAGGCCGUCCAUGGAGCAGAGCUCGUGGAAGUCACCAAAUGGUGGAAGGAGACCGGGUUGGGCGAGAAGCUACCGUUCGCGAGGGACCGUCUGGUGGAGUGCUUCUUCUGCGCGACCUGCAUCGCACCCGAGCCCUGUCUCGCGGGCUGUCGCGAGCUGCUGGCCAAGGUGGGCUCCCUUAUCGUCCACCUCGACGACGUCUACGACCUCUACGGCACGUUCGACGAGCUGGCUGCCUUCACAGAUGCUGUCGGCAGCUGGGAUGACGAUGCUUUGUCGACGGCACUGCCGGAGUACAUGAAGGCGAUGUACUCAGCCAUCCGGUUGACGUCGACGGAGGCAGCGGAUCGGGUGAUGAAGGAGCAAGGAAGAUACGACGUGCUCCCGCUCUACAAGAAAGCAGUAAGACAAGAGGAGAUAGAUCCAUUGAUUUUCUUCUUCUUUCGUUUGGGAUAUACCUUUGAGGAUCGAUGGAUUAACAUGCAUGUGGAUGCAUGCAUGCAGUGGCAUGAGCUGUGUAAGGCAUUCCUCAUAGAAGCCAAGUGGCAGCACGAGGGGCAGAUGCCAUGCUUGGAGGAGUACCUUGAGAACGGGUGGGUCACGUCCACGGGGCCUCUGCUGCUGCUCCACGCUUUCACCAUGCUCCAGCAGCAAGAGCAGAUUGAUUCAUGGCUGCGCAAUCACGACGACGGCGACGACAUGGUGUACCCCAAGCUGGUUGAGCUAUGUUCCAUGAUCUUCCGGCUCUGCAACGACUGCGCGACCCACGAGGCCGAGUCGGAGCGGGGUGAGGCGGCGUCGGUCAUCACCUGCCGCAUGGGCGGUGGCGCGAGUAAGGAAGAGGCCCGGGCUGCGGUGGCGGACGCCAUUGCCGAGACUUGGAAGAAGGUGAACAGGGAGGUCGCCUUGAGCAGCAGCACCGGGACCGGGAGCACGGCCAGCCUCGUCUGCGUCAACCUGGCGAGGACCAUUCAAUGCAUCUAUCAAGACGGCGACGGCAUCACCUCGCCCAAGGACAGCCGGAAACAACUCGUCAAGGACAUGCUUUUCACGCCUGUUGAUCUAGAUAUUUUUGGCGCACACUAG